UUAAUAUCCGCUUUUAUGACAUUUCCUUAAUAAGUUCUUUUUACUUCAGCGUGUACCGAGGAUAAGAUCUUAGUAAUGCAAAUUUUCGUUAAAACCCUAACGGGUAAAACAAUUACCCUUGAGGUUGAACCCUCUGAUACUAUUGAAAAUGUCAAAGCCAAGAUCCAAGACAAAGAAGGAAUUCCUCCAGAUCAACAAAGAUUGAUUUUUGCCGGUAAACAAUUAGAAGAUGGCAGAACUUUGUCUGAUUACAAUAUACAAAAAGAAUCCACAUUACAUUUAGUACUACGUCUUCGUGGUGGUGCUAAAAAACGUAAGAAGAAGAAUUAUUCUACACCAAAAAAAAUUAAACAUAAGAGGAAGAAGGUCAAGUUAGCGGUAUUGAAAUACUACAAGGUUGAUGAAAACGGAAAAAUUCAUCGUCUUCGUCGUGAAUGUCCUGGUGAAGAUUGUGGUGCUGGCGUUUUCAUGGCUGCACAUGAAAAUAGGCAUUACUGUGGCAAAUGUGCUUUAACAUUUGUGUUUUCAAAACCUGAAGAUAAGUAGGUUUAUAAGAGAAAUAUUACAAAGUAUAACUUGAAGUGAAUGUGAAAAUAUAAAAAAACACUAAACACAGAA